AUGCACUAUUCACGUGACUGCGGAUUCAAAAACCAUAAAUGCAAGCAAUGUGGUCAACAAGGGCACAAAGAGGGCUACUGUAGGGCCCCUAAGCCUACUAAAGAAAACCAGCCGUCUCAAGUCAAGCAGAUCACUAGCGGAAAGCGAAGGAAAUCGGACAUCACAAUCAUAUCCGAACCUACAUGGAAGAAACUGCAUCAACCAGCAUAUCUACCUACCGCCCAGUCCGCCCGCAUAGCAAACGGAAACCCGUUACAAUUAUCAGGCGAAUUCGAUUGCACCAUUCAAUGCAACAAUCAUAUAAAUUCAGGUAAGGUUUUCAUCCAAAAUUUGAAUGUCCUAGGUACAGAUUGGUUCGACAAGUUGGGCCUUGGAGAAGUUCCUAUCAACGCGGUGUGUACAACGAUACAGUCUCACAACAGAAUUCAGGCAAUUCAGUCAGAAUUUUCCGAUGUAUUCACCGAUACUCUGGGUCACUGCAACAAAACGAAAAUCAAGCUGCAUCUCAAACCGGAAGCCAAGCCAGUAUUCAGACCAAAGCGUCCAGUCGCAUACGCCGCAGUUCCGACGAUUGAUCAAGAACUGGACCGCCUUCGAAGAUGGGGUAUCAUAUCGCCAGUCGAAUAUUCAGAAUGGGCGGCACUCCAUCGCAUCGUAGUAACAAGGAAAGCAAACGGCGACGUCCGUAUAUGCGGUGACUACUCAACAGGACUCAAUCAAGCAUUAGAACCGCAUCAGUAUCCAUUGCCAACGCCAGAGGAUAUCUUCGCAAAGUUAGCAAACAAACGUACAUUCAGCCACCUCGACCUUUCAGAUGCCUUUCUGCAGAUCGAAAUCGAGGAGAACUCAAGACGGUACUUAAUAAUCAAUACGCACCGUGGCUUAUUUUUGUACAACCGACUGCCAUUUGGAGUAAAAACAGCCCCCGCCAGCUUCCAACAGAUCAUGGAUACUAUGAUGGCAGGAUUAUCGGGCUCAACGGCAUACAUCGACGACAUAGUGGUAACGGAUGAAAACGAAGAAGACCACGACAAAAACUUGCGAGAUCUUCUCCAACGAAUCCGAGAAUUCGGAUUUCGACUCAAACCACAAAAAUGUAAAUUCUACAUGAAGCAGAUCAAAUAUCUAGGUCAAAUCAUCGAUGAACAGAGAAUCCGCGCAGAUAGAACAAAAGCAAUUGCAAACAUGCCGGCCCCACAUGACUCCGCUACACUUCGCUCGUAUCUCCGAGCGGUAAAUUACUACGGCAAAUACAUCAAGGACAUACACAAAUGGCGGAAACCAUUGGAUGAGCUUCUGAAGACAAAUUCCGAAUGGAACUGGUCCAGUGAAUGUCAACGGUCAUUUGACAAAUUCAAGAGCAUUCUCCAGUCAGAUCUCAUGCUAACGCAUUACGAUCCGAGGCAGGAAAUUAUUGUAGCAGGCGACGCUUCAAACACGGGCAUUGGAGCAUGUAUUUUACAUCGCUUCCCAAGCGGAGUAAUCAAGCUUGUGUACCAUGCAUCCCGCACAUUAACGCCAACCGAGAAAUCAUACAGCCAAAUAGAGAAGGAGGGCCUCGCUCUAAUUUUCGCAGUUACAAAAUUCUACCGAAUGAUUUUCGGGCGAAAAUUUAUUCUGCAGACAGACCAUAAGCCCCUUUUAGCCAUCUUCGGCUCACGCAAGGGCAUACCGGUCUAUACGGCUAACAGACUCCAGCGCUGGGCUUUAACAUUAAGAGCUUACGACUUCAACAUUGAGUAUGUCAAGACAGCAGAUUUUAGGCACGCCGACAUGUUGUCCAGGUUGAUAAACCGAAACACAACAGACGAAGACAGCAUCGUUGCUACAGUAAAAUUGGACUCAUCAAUUAAACAAUCAUUGCACCAAGCGCUAGAUACGUUACCUCUCACAUUCAAAAUGGUAAAGCACGCUACAGCAAGAGAUAAAAAUUUGAAGUCGAUCAUGAAAAACAUUCGCGAAGGAUGGAAAAAAAAUUUCAAGGAAACAAGCCGAGAGCACUCUGAGUACCACAAACUCCGGGAGGCACUAUCAAUAAUCGACGGAUGUUUAAUCUGGAACGACCGCCUAAUCAUUCCAAAACAGUUCAGAAUGCGAGUUUUGGAACGACUCCAUAAGGAAUGGAGCGCAUGA